AUAACACAUUUAAAAAACGUCAAGCUAAAAAUUUCGUAGAAGGAAAAUUGCAAGCGCCAGCUAAAGAAGCAGUGUAGUUAUAAUCCGGUCAAAAGCGAAAUAUCUCAACGUAUGUUAAAGAAGCAAAAUGCCUGCUGGAGUUUCUUGGGUUCAAUAUAUGAAAUUCUUUUCGGCGGCUAUGUUGUCUAUGAUGGCGGGCUCUCAAUUGGUUCAUAUGUACUACAAACCUCUAGAUGAUAUAAACGUUUACAUAGAGCGUGAAAAGAGUGCUGCUAGUACUACUCAAAAUACUGUAAAUACCGAUAAGCCACCACAAACGGCGGAUGAAAAACUGCUAUCUAAUAAAAAGUAAUCAUUAUAAGAAACAAAAA